GAAAUCCGGAUGUCUCAGUUAUGAAGUGGAGCCGUGUGGGCCCCCACUUACUUCCAGAAGUCUCCAUCUAGACUGGUGAUCGUCUGCCUCUGAUACUGCCGGUGCCCAUCUGAGGUACUCCCCUGGCUCUGAAGGGGCUGGCACCAUGGCCAAGUACUUCAGCCUGGUGUUGCUUUUUGCCUCCAUCUGGACCACAAGGCUCCUGGUCCAAGGCUCUCUCCGCACAGAAGAGCUUUCCAUCUCAGGACCAUGCAGAAUCAUGGGGGUCACCCUUGUGAACAAAAAGACACACCCGCAGCUGAAUUUCACAGAAGCCCAGGAGGCCUGUAGGCUCGUAGGACUAACUCUGGCCAGCAAAGAGCAGGUUGAAGCAGCAUGGAAAUUUGGCUUUGAGACUUGCAGGUAUGGAUGGGUUAAAAAUCAGUUCGUGGUCAUCCCUCGGAUUAUCCAGAACCCCAAGUGUGGAAAGAAUGGGGUGGGCGUCCUAAUUUGGAGAAGUUCACUCAACCAGCAGCACAGGGCCUAUUGUCACAACUCAUCUGAUACCUGGGUUAACUCAUGCUUUCCAGAAAUUAUCACCACCGAUGAUCCCAUAUUCAACACGGAAACUGCAACAUACACAACAGAAAUGAUUGUCAGUGAGAGUACACACUCAGCGUUGUCUACUGAUGGACCUGUCUCUACUACAACCACUGUGGCUCCUGCUCUGGCUUCCACUUCUAUUCCACGGAAAAGAAAAUUAAUUUGCAUAACGGAAGCUUUUGUGGAAACGAGCACCAUAUCUACAGAAACUGAAUCGUAUAUUGAAAAUAAAGCGGCGUUCAAGAAUGAACCUGUUGGGUUUGGAGGUGUUCCCACGACCCUGCUCGUGCUUGCCCUCCUCUUCUUUGCUGCUGCAGCUGGCCUCGCGGUUUGCUACGUCAAAAGGUAUGUGAAGGCCUUCCCUUUUACAAACAAGAACCAGCAGAAGGAAAUGAUAGAAACGAAAGUAGUGAAGGAGGAGAAGGCCGAUGAUAGCAACCUUAAUGAGGAAUCAAAGAAAAUGGAUAAAAAACCCGAGGAGCCCAAGAGUCAACCCAAAACCACAGUGCGAUGCCUGGAAGCUGAAGUUUAGAUGGAAGCUGAAAGAAAUAAGAGGACACACCUGAGGUUGUUUUCCUUCCUGAUACACAUCCUGGUCCCAGAUGGGGAGCCUAUAAAAGGGCCAAAGAACCAAACAAGCACGUCUACCCUUGGUUCCUAACUAGAGUCAGCUCAGGGCUACCUUUGGACUCUGGAGUUCACCAAAGGGAAUUCCCUUUUCCUUAUUGCAAUCCUUUCUGGAUCCUACCCUCCUACCUCCAAAGCUUCCCACAACCUUUCUAGCCUGGUUAUGUCCUAAUAAUAUCCCAGUGGGAGAAAGGAGCUUGUGCAAAGCACCUGGACCUCAAACAGCUAAUCAGAACAUGUUUGUCAAGAGGCCUUUAGGCUACCUGAGAAUAGGUGAGCUGAGAGCCAAGAAACCAUUGAGAUCAAGGCUUUGUCUAUUGAUUGACUCUACAGCACAGAUCCUUUCUUCAGCUCUGGAAAGGAAACACUUAUACUAUCUGGCAUGUCCUUCUGAGCCAGGCAAGAGAAAAAGAAGGAAGGAAAAGUUUAGCAACUGAAGGACAUGGAGAUUCCCGUGACUUGAGACCUGAUCUCUGUAAAACCAAAAUAAAUAGAGAAAAAGAA